AUGGAGAGAGAUGGUCAUGCGAAGGUUGCGGGCUUGAUAAGUCGCUAUCCUGAACUCGCCAUCAUGCGAAGAUUUGGCGAUCUCAAUAUGGAAAACGUGCUGUACCUUCAAGCUGAGUUAGUUCAUUUGGAGUCUGAGUACAGAACACUCGCCACAGAUGGCCAAGGGCACCCGGACCGUCUUGUUUCUGCCAAAGAUUGGGCCUCUCUAGCUUAUUCCGAAGACAACCAUGAUUUGGCACAAUGGGAAAAGAUGCUAGAAAUAAGACAGAAGCUGAAGGAAUACAGUAUGACUUCUCAACUGCUAUGAAGGACAAAGUUCUAAGGUCCAAAGCUGAUAUUCAAAGCAGACGAAGCUUUUGGACAGGUUGUUUUUAUGACAUCAAUGAAGAGCCCAAACCCAUAUGACCUACAGUUCUUUCGAACUUGGUUAGAACGACCAAAAAUGGGAAACUUCCCAAUCCUAGGCCCGGACCAAUACGUAUGGGACGUAGGCAACGAAGCGGACCUCGUUGCGAUACAGAGGCGGAAAGGGGAGGAUUUUCUCACAAGAUGGUUCAUAGAUAAAGUUAUUCCAAGCUUCCACAGAUGUCUUGGAAAGUAUAUCGAGGUAUUCAAGAGUUAGAUUUCUUGUAUAUUGAUGCAACCUUUGACAGCUGAAUAGGCCCUAAUUCCAGAGGAGCCCGAGUCCGAAAUAUCGCAUUAUUCCGAUUCCCAUUUGGCCAGAUUUGUUCAUGUAUUUAGUGUCGUAUUAUCAUCUUUACUGCCUAUAAGCUCGAUUGUUAUUUUGUAUUUUGUCUCAAGUCUGCUUGCAAGGCUCGGAAUUAUUGCGACGUUCACAGCUUUGUUUUCGCUUUCUCUGGCGAUCGUCACACAAGCGAGACGAAUUGAGAUUUUUGCAGGCACAUCUGCGUAAGUUUGGAGACCAUUUAAACAACACAUAACAAUUCUAACCAGAAUUUUAGGUUUGCCGCAGUUCAGGUUGUGUUCGUGACUGCAAAUACCAACAGCAUGACUUGAAUACAAAUAUGCGC